GCUGCAGCCAGGAUCCCGGGGAGCCGAGCUGGGCUGGCCGCCCGGGGAGACGGCACUGCAGCGGAGCCAUACCCCGUCAAGAAGCCCCGGACCUCUAAGGGACACCCCACUAAGGCCUCGAGACCCUACCGGGCCGACCACCCACCCCCACCCGCAGGCAUCAUCCGGCACGCAUCAGCGUCUCCAGUCUUAUCCCAAACCCUCCCUCCCGACCCUCCCCACUUCUCUACCCCCCCACCCCAUUUCCCCAGACUCUUUUCUGUACCCCGUUCCCUGUCCCUACUGACACUUCUCUAGCAUCCUAGAGCUUACCUUCCAUCCUCCCUGGGGGAACCUGGCCCCUCCCUGCUCCCCUCCCCCACCCCCCAUCCCUAGGGCGAUGAAAUGAACCGGUGCCCCCCCUUCCUUCGAGCUGCCCCCGGGCACUGUGCCCACCCCCUGCCUGCUGUGGGGAGAGAGCCUCCUGCUGCCCCCACGUGACCUCCGUCCCUGGGGGACAAGCAGAUUCCCCCCAUCCCACCCCAGUCUCUUCAAGUGCCCUCUGACAUCCCUCUAACUGGAACAUUUGGGCCAUGCACCCUGGGACCCAGGCAGGGGGUGGGUUCCUUGGCUAAGGGGUGGGGGUGGGGGAAUAGGUGGAGAGAAGAAGGGAGUGGCCCUUGGGUUUAAUUGAAAUGCCCUCAGGUGCCAGGGGGGACUGCAACAGAGGCAGGCUCCAAGGGGGUGGGCACAAUGCCCUCACCCAGUGAUUCAAGCCAUUCACUGACCAGCCGGCCGAGUACCAGAGGCCUCACCCAUCUCCGGCUCCACCGGCCUUGGCUCCAAGCUCUGCUUACCCUGGGGCUGGCCCAGGUGAUACUAGGUGUCUUGGUGGUCACCUUCAGCAUGGUGGCUUCUUCAGUCACCUCCACAGAAAACAUAAAGAGGUCCUACCCAUCAUGGGCUGGCUUCUCGCUGGCAUUCUCAGGGGUAGUUGGCAUCGUAUCAUGGAAGAGACCAUUCACUCUGGUGAUCUCCUUCUUCUCCCUGCUCUCCGUACUGUGUGUCAUGCUCAGCCUGGCUGGCUCCGUCCUUUCCUGUAAGAAUGCUCAGUUGGCACGGGAUUUCCAAGAGUGCUCAAUGGAAGGAAAGGUCUGUGUCUGCUGCCCCUCUUUUCACUUGCCUAGACCCUGCAGGGACUCCGGCCAGGAGCUGAAAAUAUCCCUUAGCACAACUUGUGCUGAUGCUCUAGGGGCUCUCAAGAACCUUCUCUUCAGUGUCUGCGGCCUCACUGUCUGUGCUGCCAUUGUCUGUGCCCUCUCUGCCAUUGUUUGCUGCAUCCAGAUAUUCUCUCUCGACCUUGUGCACACGCUGGCUCCUGAGCACUCAGCCUCAGGUACUCUGGGGCCCCUGGGCUGUGUGUCUCCCCCAGCUCCUCUGCUCCAUACUAUGCUGGACCUGGAAGAAUUUGUGCCCCCGGUUCCCCCACCUCCGUAUUAUCCCCCAGAGUAUACCUGCAGUUCAGAGACUGAUGCCCAGAGCAUCACUUAUAAUGGAUCCAUGGACAGUCCAGUGCCCUUAUACCCCACCGAUUGCCCCCCAUCCUAUGAAGCUGUCAUGGGACUCCGAGGAGAUAGCCAGGCCACACUGUUUGACCCCCAGCUUCAUGAUAGUUCCUGUAUCUGUGAUCGAGUGGCUUCCAUUGUGGAUGUGUCCAUGGACAGUGGGUCCCUGGUGCUCUCAGCCAUUGGAGACCUCCCUGGCGGCUCUAGCCCAUCUGAGGACUCGUGCCUGCUGGAGCUGCAAGGUUCUGUGCGUUCUGUGGACUAUGUCCUCUUCCGAUCCAUCCAACGUAGCCGGGCUGGCUACUGCCUCAGCCUGGACUGUGGGCUCCGGGGCCCCUUUGAAGAUAGUCCCCUGCCCCCAAGACCACCCCGAGCUGCCCGAUCCUACUCCUGCUCUGCCCCAGAAGCCCCACCCACACUGGGUGCCCCCACUGCUGCCCGAAGUUGCCACCGGCUAGAAGGCUGGCCACCCUGGGCUGGGCCAUGCUUCCCAGAAAUCCGUCGUCGGGGACCUCGGGGAGGUGGUCGAGGAGAGGUGCCUCCAGCCCGGCCACCUGCCCGCCGAUUCAGUGACAGCUCAGGCUCCCUCACCCCCCCUGGGCACCGGCCUCCUCAGCCGGCACCUGCCUUGCUGCUUCGAUCCCAUAGUGACCCGGGCAUCACCACCUCCAGCGAGACUGCUGAUUUCAGGGACCUUUAUACCAAAGUGCUUGAGGAGGAAGCUGCUUCUCUCUCCUCUGCAGACACAGGGCUCUGCUCUGAAGCCUGCCUCUUUCGCCUUGCCCCUUGCCCUUCCCCCAAGUUGCUGCGUGCCCGUUCGGCUGAGAAGCGGCGUCCAGUGCCCACCUGGCGAAAGGUGCCCCUGCCUUCUGGGCCUGCACCUGCCCACUCUUUGGGGGAUUUAAAGGGCAGCUGGCCUGGUCGUGGCUUAGUAACUCGUUUCCUCCAGAUGUCCAGGAGGGUACAGGAGUCCAAUGGACAUAGUGUCCAUGGUCAUAAGCAGGUGCAGCGAAGCCCUUGGGGCCGGCCUGGACGUGAAAGCCUCCAUCUCCGAAGCUGUGGAGACCUCAGUUCUGGCUCAUCCCUUCGCCGAUUUCUGUCUGGCCGUAGGCUAGAAAGAGCUAACCGCCCUCACAGUGUCAAUGGAGGCAGCCAAGAGAGCGGGCUCUGAGCCCUGACACCAUCACCUCACCACCACCUGGCUCUGAAUGGGGUUCUGUGCCAGCCUGACACCCGUCUAGGCCCUGGUGAACACUGGGGCCACAAGCUACUGGCUGGUACUGGGCCAGCUACCAUUACCACCUCCUUGCAUCAGUUGGCAAGAAAAAAAAAAUCUGCUGAAUACCC